AUGAAUUACAUUUUAUUGUUUAUCGCGCUUAUAUUACCGGCAAACGUGUCUUGUUUUUUACGAGAGUUAUUAUUUCCACGGAAGCCGAUUUUGAACCGCGUUAGGACCAGGGAUUCCCUUCAAGUGAGACUUGCUGAUGACACUGCUGUUUUGGACUUUGUCGGCUUGGUACAACAAUAUAACUACCCAGCAGAAGAGCACAAUUUAACAACCAAAGAUGGCUACAACUUGAUCAUCCACAGGAUUCCCGAUAGCCCAAAGUCAAAGUCGUUAAAAAAAAAAUCAGUUGUAUUUCUUCAGCACGGUGUUUUUGGUUCCUCAGACUCGUGGGUUCUUAUAGGACCUGACAAAGACCUUGCUUUUAUCCUAGCAGACCAAGGAUACGACGUCUGGAUUGGCAAUGUCAGGGGUAACUCUUACUGUCGUUCACACCAAGAGCUGUCAACGUCAGACCGCGAUUUCUGGAAAUUCAGUUAUCACGAGAUCGCAAUAUUCGACGUAGCUGAAAUGAUCGACUACGUUUUGAACGAGACAAACGAAAAAUCGCUUACCUACAUCGGUCACUCAAUGGGUUCGACCGUGAGCCUUGUUCUUCUUUCGGAAAAACCGGAAUACAAUGAAAAAAUAAAAUUACUGUUCAACCUUGCACCAGUCGCUUAUUGGAACGCUAUCUCUCAAAGAGCUAUUUAUAGCGUUCUUGUUAAGUACAGAGAUUUGUUAAAGAAAUUCCUUGAAACAAUUGAAGUUUAUGAUUUGAUGCCGCAAAGUUCAACGAAUAAAAUUCUGGCUAAAGAAUUUUGCCGUGAUAAUCUUCCGACACAAGAAAUAUGUGUUGCUUUGAUUUUUGCAAAUGUUGGGAUUAGUCCUCAUCAGCUUAAUAAGUUACGUUCCUGCUGGAAGUUCAGUUAUGAAUCAUUUAGUCAAUACGACUACGGUUAUAUCGACAACUUCAAAAUAUAUGGAAAGAAAAGACCACCAGCCUACAAUUUAAAAAAAAUAACAACCAACGUUGCACUAAUAUAUUCCGACAAUGAUUACUUCACUCCAGUGGAGAAUGUAUUAGAGCUGAAGAAAAGGUUGCCAAAUAUCGUGUUCUUCGGCAAAAUAGACUACGAUACUUUCAAUCAUUUAGACUACCUCUUCGCUCAGGACGCUAAGGAGCUCCUGUACAAUAGAAUAACAAAACUUAUUUCUCAGUAUUAA